CUGCAUCCCCCCACCCGACCUGACAGAGGCAGACAUCCCAGCAGCUCACACCAAGCCUUGGACUGCUAAACCUAGCAGCAGCCGCAGUGAUAAUACCGCCUCCUAGAACGCCGGUUGAGUAGUACCAACACUCACUGCGCGCUGUGACCUAGUCGUGAUUACGAUCCGACGCACCGUAUCACGAGUUUAGGCGUCAGAGUAGACUGAGUCGGGUGGCGGAAGGGCGGCCGCUGCGGAAGGCACAGCAAUUGGCGUUUGUGGAUUGUGGGAGGCGCUGUCGCCAAGGCUCAUGUCGAGCCUCCUCGGCCCACAGCGUGUGGCAGGCUGCACGGUCAGGCCCACUCCGCCACCUGAUCAACGCCCGCGCGCGCAUCACACCGCGCCCUCCAGCUCGGUGCCCCCGCGGUGGGUGGUGCAGCUGCCGUCAGAGCACUCGCGAGUUCACAGAAGCACUUGCGUUCGCAAGUUUCGCACCACCAGUCAAAGUCAUGCGGCCACAAGAACAGCGGCGUGCAGCAAUGGCAGCAGCGCCACCACCACGAGCAACGCGAGCACGAGCAGCAGGCGGCAAGCACGGUGUGGAGUGUGCUUAAGGACCGAGUCAUGGCAGCCCAGGGGGCAACGAGCUUUGCCCGCCAAGGCAGCAGGAGCAAGAGCGCCAGCAGCGCGAAGGCUAGGGUUAGGCGGCAGCAAGCUGGCAGUCGGGAGCUUGUCGCAGCAGCAGCGGCGGCGGCAGCAGGGGCAGCGGCGGUGCGGGUGCGUGGCGGCCGUAUCCAUGGCGAGCCCGCCGGGCCCCGUGGCAGCGCCGGGGCCGGGCGCGAGCGACAGCGGCAAAGGCGCGGAGGCGCAGGCGGGCACGGCGGAGGAGCGCGUGGGCGUGCUGCUGCUGAACCUGGGCGGGCCCGACACGCUGGACGAUGUGCAGCCGUUCCUCUUCAACCUCUUCGCCGACCCGGACAUCAUCCGGUUGCCGCGCGCGCUGCGGUUCCUGCAGCGCCCCAUCGCGCAGUUCAUCUCCACCAUGCGCGCGCCCAAGAGCCAGGAGGGCUACGCCGCCAUCGGCGGGGGCUCGCCGCUGCGCCGCAUCACCAUGGACCAGGCGGAGGAGCUGAGCAAGGCGCUGCAGAAGAAGGAGCUGCCGGCGAAGGUGUACGUGGGCAUGCGCUACUGGCACCCCUUCACGGAGGAGGCCAUCUACCAGAUAAAGCAGGACCGCAUAACGCGCCUGGUGGUGCUGCCGCUGUACCCGCAGUUCUCCAUUACCACCAGCGGCUCCUCCCUGCGCCUGCUCGAACGCAUCUUCAGGGAGGACGAGUACCUGGUGACGAUGCAGCACACGGUGAUCCCCUCGUGGUACCAGCGCCGCGGCUACGUGGACGCCAUGGUGUCGCUCAUCCAGAAGGAGCUGCAGGCCUUCUCGCGACCAGAAAUAGUGAACAUCUUCUUCAGCGCGCACGGCGUGCCGGUGGCGUACGUGGAGGAGGCGGGCGACCCGUACAAGGCGGAGAUGGAGGAGUGCGUGGGCCUUGUGAUGGACGAGCUGCGGCGCCGCGGCAUCUACAACAACUACACCCUCGCCUACCAGAGUCGCGUGGGGCCGGUGGAGUGGCUGAAGCCGUACACGGACGAGAGCAUUGAGAUGCUGGGCAAGGCGGGCGUCAAGAGCCUGCUCGCCGUGCCCAUCAGCUUUGUGAGUGAGCACAUAGAGACGCUGGAGGAGAUCGACAUGGAGUACCGCGAGCUGGCGCUGGAGUCGGGCGUGGAGGAGUGGGGGCGCGUGCCAGCGCUGGGGUGCGAGCCGUCGUUCAUCGACGACCUGGCGGACGCCGUGCUCGAGGCGCUGCCCUACGUGGGCGCCAUGGCUGCCUCCUCGCUCGAGGCACGCCAGGCGCUGGUGCCGCUGGGCAGUGUGGAGGAGCUGCUGGCAACGUACGACAUAGAGCGGAGAGAGCUGCCGGCGCCCGUGGCCAUGUGGGAGUGGGGGUGGACCAAGAGCGCGGAGACGUGGAACGGGCGUGCCGCCAUGGUGGCCGUGCUGGGGCUGCUGCUGCUGGAGGUCAGCACGGGCCGCGGCAUCCUGCACCAGCUCGGCAUCCUGCCGCCUGCGCUAUGAGGACCAGGGGGGAAGAAGGGUACAUGGCAGGUCGUGGUGGACCGGGGGGGUUUUAGAGUGGCGUGGUUUGGUUGGCAGCUGUUGGUGCGUGCAGGCCAGGGGGGCCGUGGAGGGAGGGCCCUGUGCAUUGCACAAGACACUACUGCGCCUCACAUUGAUUUCUGCAUGUGUGCAAAUGCUGCCUACUUGUACUGUCCAUACUAAACGCUGGGAAGUGCAAACUUGAGAAGAGUCAUGUAGUGCACCGUGUGUCCUCAGCAAGUGCAAUCGGUGAGAGCACAUCAGUCACCGCACUGAUUAAAGCAUGUAUUAUCAUUCAUAAAAUCAGCCCUACUGGCAUUGGCGCGGGGUGGCUGUGGCCGCAAUGCGUGUGCACGUGCCCUGUCCCGCCAUUCCCCUCGCACUCGCCGCGUACCGCGCCUCCAAUGGUUCGUUCCCGCUCCUCUCGACUCCCUGUCGCCCGCUCACCGCGCCCUGCUGCGCGCCGCGCGCCGCUCUCGCUGCUGCUGGUCGUGCCGGUGGCCGCUCUCGCGCUGCUGCUGCUGCCCCUCUACGCCUCGCAUCGCCUGCGCUCCCUCGCCCGUCACCCCCGCCCGCACCCUUCCGCCUCGCACCGCCAUUCUGACGCCGAAACCGCCGGAGUAGCCAGCGCGCGCGCUGCCGAUCACCCAUGGCGCGCCCCCCGCGCCCGCGGCUCCUCAGACGACGACCUCUCCAGGGCGCUCGCGGCGCAGGAGGCGCUGGGGGAAGGCGCGGCGGAGGCGGAC